CACACACCCUCCAAACCUGAGCGGUGUGUGGUGCGACAACCGCGCACAGUAACGUGCUCCUAUGUGGUUGUAUUGUCUUUGUUUUAGCUUUUUUAAAUGAAUAAUGGACGGGUGAUUUGAAGGCAGCGGCUAACCGGCAUGGAUGCCCGUUGACUGAAGGAACAGCCUAUAUGGAGUGGAGCUCAUCGCCGCCGGAACAAAUCUGGGGAGAGCCUGAGAGUUCUGUCGAAGAGCAGACUUCAUCCAAGAACACAGGUCACAUGACAGAUUUGUGUAGUGAUGAAACAGACAACUCUCCUCCUCUCCAACUUCACACACUCAAGGAGUUUGAACAGCACCUGAAUGACCUGAAGAAGGAGAACUUCAGCCUCAAGCUCCGCAUCUACUUCCUGGAGGAGAGGAUACAGCAGAAGUACGAGGAGAGCAGUGAGGAUGUCUAUCGUACGAACAUCGAGCUGAAGGUGGAAGUAGAGAGCUUGAAGCAGGAGCUCCAGGAGAAACAGCAGCUUCUGGACAAAGCACUCACAACAGCGGAGAGCUUGACCAAUCACAAUGAAGCAGAGCUGCAGAGACGAUGUCGGGAGAGACAGCAGGAAAUCGACCACAUGGAACAAGUGCUUGAGACCAAGUUCCAGCUCCUGCAGGAGGAGGCCCAGCUAGCACGCAGCGAGGCUGAGCGGUUGGCCUCGCUGGCUGGAUCGCACUCCCACGCCUCCCUCCUCUCCCUAGACACCCCCAUGGAGGACAUCCCAGAGGAUGAGAGGCCUCCGAGCAUCCUGUCCCCGUCCAACACCAACAAAGACAGGUUAAUAGAGCAGCUGACCAAAGAGCUUUGCUCCAAGGAGGCGCUUAUCACAGAGCUAAGUGGAGAGAAGAAGACACUCACGCUCAGGGUGGGAGAGCUGGAGGGGCAGGUUCACGAGCUGUCUUCAUCUCUGCUGCAGAAGGACAAGGAUGUGGAUUUUUAUCAGGAGGAACUUGGUCGAGAGAGGCUGCGCAUAGAACAGGAGAUGCAGAGUCUCGUUGAGGAGCAGCAGAGUCAGCUGAACCAGUAUGAGUGUGCGGCCGGUCAGUGUGUCAGCGAGCUGCAGAAGGCCCAGCUCCAGGUCCAAUCCCUGCAGGCCAAGAUCCACGAGAGCGAGGCCAACAAUAUGAAACUGCAGGAGAAGCUGAAUGAGAUGGAGUGUGAGCUGCGUUCAAUCCGCCAGGCUGCUCACGGUCAGGAAAGGACCAUUCAGGGUCUCACAGAGUCCAUCAGCACCAAAGACAGUGAGGCCCAGGACCUGUACCAGCUGAUCGAAGGGCAGAACACCACGCUGUGUAAGCUGAGAGAGAUGGUCCAUCGCAACCAGCUUGCUCAAUGCAAGGCUCCAGAGAGGGUCAGCGAGUCCUUGACACUCACCCAGCUGCAGGGCGAGCUUGUUGGGGUGCAGAGCUCCUUGUUCUCUCUUGGUCUGGAGCUGGAAGCCAGCCAGAGGAGUCUGAGACAGAGCCAGAGGCAAGGAGAUGAUCUGUUGCGGUUCAAGGACAGGCUCAACUCUGAUCUACAGGAGGUGCAGCAGCACAGAGAAGUCACUGAGAAGCACAAUCAGGACCUACGCUGUGCCCUUCAGAAGAGUCGCUCCGAGCUUCAGGCUAAAGAUGCAGCUCUGAAGGAAGCCGAGGCAGAGAGACACACUGUUGUGCAGGAAAAGGAGAGGAGCAUCACACAGCUCAAACACUCUCUGCAAGACAAGGAGCAGCAGUUAGAGGAGUACUCAGAAAUGUUGGAGUCAUCAGGAAGCGCCAAACCAAGAGAAGCCCUGCUGGAGAAACUAAGAGAGCGAAUUAAAGAUAGAGACAGAGCUCUGGAGCGCUCCAUCGAUGAUAAGUUCCGCUGUGUGGAAGAGCGCGAGGCCCAGGUGAGGAGGCUGCAGCUGGCCCUCCGGGAGAAAGAACGUGACCUGGAGAGACUCCGCUGCAUCCUGUCCAACAACGAGGACACCAUCACGAGUCUGGACGCCUUGGUGCGUGGGAAAGAGCUGGAGCUAGAGCAGGCAGCAGAGGCCUACAGGAACCUCCAGUGGCUAAAGCAGCAGAGCGAGGAGAAGGAGAGAAACACCCUGAGAGAGAAAGACACCAUCAUCAGUCAGCUUCAGGCAGCUCUACAGACACACAGCCAGGAGGCACAGGAUCUGACAGCCGCCCUCGUUGCCAGAGUUCAGGCUGGUCCCACUGAUGUCGUUGAAGAGUUGAAAGCUCGGCUGGCGCUGAAAGAAAAACUCUUCCAGGAACUGCUGUCCGACCGCAGCCGGCAGUCUAACGAACACCAAGCACAGGUCCAGGACAUGCUGAACACUCUCAGCUCCAAAGACCAGUAUCUGCAGGACUACUCCUACAGGCUCUCCCUUGUGAUCAGUGAGCGGACUGGCCAGUUGCAGGAGCUACGCAGACAGCUGUCUUCAAGAGAACAAGAGCUGUGCGAGCUCAAACAAGAAAAAGAGAGAGAGAUGGAAGGAGAGACGGCGCAUCUGCGGAGUCUGCUCAAAGAGAAGGAAGCCUUUAUAAAGGAGCUGAUGCACAACCAGGAGGAGGCGAUGCAGCCGGCAUCAAAAGAGAGCGAGGCAGAGAUGAAGGCUCUCCAGGACGAGAUGCAGCUGGUACUGAAGAAGGAGAUGGAGGCUCAGAAGGAGCUCUCUGCUCUGCGUGUAUCUUUGGCUCACCAGCAGGAUGCUAUGGAUGGCACUAAUCAUGAAUGUGUCCUGGAGCAGCUUGUGUCAGAGUACAACAAGCUGAAUGAUGCCCUGAGAGCAGAGAAGAGAUUAUAUCAAAAUCUCACACAAAUUAACACCAAGAGUGACAGUUUGGAGAAGAUCCAGGCCCUCCACACCGAGCUCGACUCAGUUCAGGCGCUCCGCAGACAGCUGGAAGAGGUCCUGGCCAGGACCCGUAACAUGGCCCUGGUGCUGGAACAGGCAGCUAAAAGGCAGCCUGAUUUUGGAGAGCUCAGCACAGAGGAGGAGGAGGAAGAGGAGGGAGACGAUGAAGACGGCAGCAGUGAUGAGUUCACGGACAGCAUAGAGGACGAUGAUGAUAAAGUGACAGCCAGAACUUUGGCCUCCAUUCAGGCUCGUGCAGCUGAGGGUGUGACUGGACCGCUGGUGCCCCAGAGGGCUGAUGUUAAGCAGCUUGAGGAGGCAAAGAAGACUCUUGAAAGCCACCUUGAAGAAAUAAAGUCACAACUGGAGAGGGAUGGCUACACUUCCGUGGCUCAGAUGAGGAGUGCGCUGCAGGGGCUGCAGCAGGAGAACCAGGCACUUAAAGAGACCAUUGGUAGAACUGGAGUGGUCGGACUGAGGACAAACCCAGAAAGUCUGAACCAGGAGGAGGAAGAAGAGGAGUACGAAGAAGAGGAGGAGUAUAUUGAGGAAGAGGAUGAAGAGGAGGAAACAUCUCCAGUGCCAGUGGGGAAGCGAGGUCAUCCAUGUGUUAGUCUGACAGACGAUCGAGGGAAGAGGCACUGCAAGAGGCCGACGGAGGUGGAGCCAGCCGCUGACAGCAGUGAGGUGGGAGCACUCUGGCAGGAUAUAGAGGAGGGUCUCCGUGAGCAGACCGUCCGCUUGAGCUCCGAUCUGGCUCAGAGCCACCAGGAGAACAGAGAGCUGCAGGAGAGGCUGAUGGUGUCUGAGGCCACAGUGCACGCUCAGGCUGAACAGCUGAAGGACUACAGAGAUCUGCUCACAGAGACAUCAGUCCAGCAGGCCAGUAAGCAGGUGCAGGUGGAUCUCCAGGAUCUGGGUUAUGAGACUUGUGGUCGCAGUGAGAACGAAGCUGAGAGAGAAGACGCCAGCAGCCCAGAGUUUGACGACCUGGAGAUGUGCACGUCCCUGUCCCAUCAGCAGGACUACGAGGGUGCGGCUGGCAGCUGGUACACUGGCAGCAGUAACACAGCUGGUUAUGAAAUGGGGGAUGAGUCAGUGUCUCUCCAGCAUCUGGUCCAGGAUCUGCGCUCACAGCUGACCCGCUGCCACAAGGUGAUCCGUGGGCUGCAGCUGCGUGUGCGCUCUCUGUCCAACACCAGCGACUACGCCUCCAGCCUGGAGCGAACCCCACGCAAGGUAAACUGGGCCUUUGAGACAUCACCAGCCCCCAGUGGUGUGGAAGAGGAUGAAGGCUGGAUGUCUGACACCCAGGGGAUCCGCUCAGGGUCCAAGCCCAGCAGGGAACUGAAAGAACUGAUGGCAAGAGUCGCGUCCCUGGAGGCACAACUGAAGAGCUCCAGACUGGAGGGCAAAGGCCAAGCAGAGGAGGGGAAAUGUGCCACCUGGCCUGGGAAGUACAACAAUCUGAUCCAGGCACAAGCUCGUGAGCUGUCCCACCUGAGGCAGAGGAUGAGAGAGGGGCAAGGAGUCUGCCAUAUCCUCACCCAGCACCUGGGUGACACCACCAAGACCUUUGAGGAGCUGCUGCGGGCCAAUGAUAUAGAUUACUACAUGGGUCAGAGCUUUAGAGAGCAGCUGGCACAGAACUCAGCCCUCGCACAAAGAGUUCUCACCAAGAUCAGUGGACGCGACUGCGCAGAAAGCCAUGAGGAUAAGUCAGGCCAUGAGUUACUCGCUUUGCGGCUGAGCAAAGAGCUUCAGCAGAAAGAUAAAAUCAUCGAGUCGCUCCACACAAAGCUGCAUCAGCGUCCGGAGACCCCGUCCAGCUGCCAUGCCCUCUCAGAGACAACCGACCAAUCAGACAGAACGUCCCUGGUGUCCGAUGAGUACAGAACCAAUGAAGACUUGGAGCUGUGCUCGGAUUUAGACGGCAGAGAAUAUCAGGAGGAGCACAGGCUGCAGCAGCCGCGACACGGAUCAGAACAAGACGCCCUCUUCAGGGAGCCUGUCUCCUUCUCCCUCUCCGUCCCCUGUGGCCCUGACGUCUGGGGUAAAGAAGUGAUUUCUGAGCCCCAGCCCAGGGCCCUGUCUGUGAUCGCUGUUCGCCCAGAGCUGGACACGCUGUACAAACAGAUGAAUGAGCAGAACAGGGGUUUUGCAGUUCCCCAUGACAAGGCCCUGUUCACUCUCUCACCUGGUGCCCACAACCAGCACGACCUCUCCAGCUACAGCCAGCUAUCCCAUCAUGCCUUUCAACAGUAUCAGCUGGGUGGCAUUCCCGAAAGCCACUCGCUGAAGUCUGACUCAGGUCUAGUGACGGGAGGGACUCUGUGGGACAUGGAGAACACGAGUCAGCAAGUUGGAGGCUACCCUGCAUCACCGGGACACCAGCAAGGAAACAGCCAUGCAGGGGUAAAUUUGAUAGAGGAGCACCUGCGGGAGGUGAGGUGUCUCCGCCAGCGUCUGGAGGAGUCCAUUAGGACAAAUGAGAGGCUCCGACAGCAGCUGGAAGAGAGACUGGCCUCGACUGGGCGUGAUGGAGGGGCGCCAACAAACAUCUACAUUCAGGGACUGGACACAGUCACCCAACUGUCCAAUGAGAUCAGAGUCCUGAAGGAGGAAAACUUGGGUCUACAGUCACGCUUACAGGCCACCACAGACACAUGUGAGGAGGUGGUGCAGUUGCGUGAGGCGGUGUUUACAGCACGCGCCCGCCUGAAACAAGCAGAGCUGGAGGCAGAGCAGUGGAAAGAGGAGCUCAGACGACUUCAGGCUCACAGUCAGGAGCAGGGACAACAGAUACACAUAUUAAGGCAGGAACGACAGGCCAGUCAGGAGAAAACUAACAGGCUCCAGCAUGAAGUGUCUCUACUGCAGCAGCAGCUAUGUGAGAGCAGAGAGCUUAUCCACUCUCUGCAGAGUGAACUACAAGUGUACGAUCGAGUGUGUGCCAGCACAAAGGCCAACAAAGGCUACAUGUGUGAGCUCCCAGGUCUACCGGUGGAGCUGGGGGAGCUGCUCGGGGAGGUGAGGAGUCUGCGAGCCCAGCUGCAGAACAGCGUCCAGGAGAACAGUGCCCUCAAACAACUGGAGCUCCACAAGCAGCUGGAGCAGAAGCUGGGCUCUCCUCGGACCCCGUCCCUCUCCGCCCUCACUGCCAGUCCUCAGAGAGAGAACUUCUACAGGCGACAGCUGCUGCACGACCCAGCUCCGUCUCCACCAGUCAGGGACAUCGGUCUGUUUAACUGUGGCUCUCCUGGUCCUCCAUACUCAGACCUGGACGACAGCCACAGCACUGCCAAUGCAGACCCUCUAGACCCUCACUCUGAGCUGGAGGGGGAGGCCCCUGACGGGUCGUUCGCGAACCGUAAUGGCCGACACGCUAUCGGUCAUGUUGAUGACUUCAGCGCUCUUCAGCAGCAAGUCCUUGAGGGCCGGAGCCUCGUGCAGCGCAUGGAGACGACCCUGCAGGCCUGUCUCGGCCCACCAUUGCUGGAGGGCAACCAGAAGCAGAUCAAUGAGCUGGUCCUGGACUAUGGAUGUGUGAAGAGUCUGCUGUCCAACACAAAGACUCUGAGGCAGAUCCUGGAGGAGGCUAUUUCUCUGCUGAAGAUGUUCUGGAGAGCUGCUCUGCCCAGCACUGACCCCUCCAUCCAGAACCUGAAGAAGGAGCAAGGUAUGCAGGAGGAGAUCUUGUCCCUGAAACUGCGUAUGUCAGAGCAGGAAGAAGUUCUCAAGGGGACGAUUCAAAGACUGAGGAGCACCAGCCGCACCAAGGAGAACAUGGAGCACUUCAUAGUCAACCAGUUGUCAAGGACUCGUGACGUGCUGAAGAAAGCAAGGACAAACUUAGAGAAGAAUGAGCUGAGACUUUCCUCUCUAAGCUCCUCCUCCUCCUCCUCCUCCUCCUCUCCUUAUGCUGCUGAGGACCCAGGAGGUGCUUCCAGAGAGCAGCCUGCUGAUUGCAGUUUCCUGAAGAGCGGCGGUGCUUCCGGAGCUGCAGCCAAUCAACGUCCAGCAGCGAGGAAGCGCAGCAGCCAAUGCCUGCUUUAGACUUUUAAAGAACCAGCCUCAACGCUACCACCUCUGACCUCUAACCUCUAUGCUGAAAUAGCCAAGUCCCACCUCCCCUUACCCGCCUUCCAGCAUCCCCCACACCAACCUACCCAGCCUCCGUCCAGCCGUGAGAGUGCUUCCACCCCUCCCUCCCUUCCUCCUCCAGGCAAUACGUGCACAGUAUAAUCUGCACCUUGAGCCUUACCAAACUCCCCUCACAGCCUUGCAAAUUUUUCUGUCACUCUCUAGCCCCUCCCAUCACAAACGUUAUUGUCUUUGAGUGACAAAGUCGGCAGUUUGCCUCGUCGUGUGUGUGACAGAAGAAGGUGUUUGAAAUGUGCCUCUGGUGGUUAUAGAGACGUGCGUCCUACUGACGGAGCUGGUUGAAGAUGCUCCUAGACACUGAUCUGAGACCAGGCGUGUGUUCAUUUUGGGCAUUUUUGUGCCAUGGGUUGUAUUACAGAAACCUGAUUUAGACAUUUUGAGAGAACUUAACUUGAGUUCUAAUCAAAAGUUUCUAUAAUGACUCCCCAGAUCUGUAUCAAAGAGCAUCCUCUUUUGAGAGCCAGCCAGCCUGUGGACGGAAAAUAUGUUCAUGUAUGUUUAAUCGUGGCUUGAGGGAGGAAUUCUGCACACACGUACACACACACACUGUAUGUGUGAUCAAAAACGGCUCACUCAAAGACAAGACACCCUUAACUUUUACUGCCACAGACAGAAAUGCAAGUUUACUUCUUGUGGCACUUUUAUUGAAAAGGACUUUUUUUUUGCAAAAUGCAAUGCAAACAACAAAGACACCCACGAUGUAUGACUACACACAGUGGAGGAAUGUAGAGGAGGUAGGCGAUCACUGCUCAGUAGUCGUGUACUAGCUGUAUCUGUGUUUGUGGAGGAAGCUUAUGAAUGCAUUGUCAGCCAUCAGCCAAGGGUUAUGAAUAGCAGAACAAAAGCCAGAGAAAGGUUCCAUUUCAGUCACAAGCCUCCUCUUUUAGGGUCGGAAAGAUGCUUUUUAUUUGGCAUCUACAAACACACAAAGUACUGAAUAAUUCAAAAACAUGAGAAUGGUCAAUUAAAUACUCACUGUGGUUGGUUGUGACUUCUGAGCAGGAUGUACAUUAGAAAAAGUUUUUAAAAAUAAGAGGUUAAUGUGCUCAAAUGGAACCAGGCUAAACACGCGUAUUCAAAGCUCCUCUGUAGGAGUUCUCAUACGAGCAUGUGCAAUAAUGAUGUUGUUUCUUGAAUGAUCAUGAUGCACCGGGUUAUUAUUACCAUUAUUUCUUUGCUUGACACUGGAUUUUCACUCAUAACGUUAGGACACAAUCAGUGUUACGAUUGUACUUUUUACCAGAGUGUUUAUGCAUGACAGAGAUUGUUAAUUCUAAGCUAUGGAACAGGAGAUUGCCAAUACUUGCCAAAGUUUGGACUUUGAACACUUUACUUUGACUUGCCUUAUCCAUGCGAAUGACAAACCCAGGUCUGAUCAGACCAUAGGGAUACCGAGGGGUCUUUUGUUUUCCAGAGGGCCUCCAGAACCACAGAGACGGUAACCAUUAGACAGCUGGUUCAAUUUAUUUUGAAUUGUGCGACAGAAAUGAGCUCCUUUUUUGGACCAAAACCCACGUGGCCAUAUGCUAUUGUCUUUAUGUUAUUGCUCUUGGUUCAGGCCGUCUUAGCAUUCCCAUGGCAAUGGCAAUAUAGGUUAUCAUGUGUGAUGCAAACUUUGGCAGGUUACUGGUGGGAUCAUUGUUCGUUUAAUUCACUCAUUUUUAACAGUUCACAUUAAGUUUGAUGUGUUCUUGCUGUACAUUUGCCAUUACACGCUGUAAAUAACCUGCUUUUUCUGUAUGAAGUUUGUGUGAGCGUGUGUGUGUGUUUAUGCGUGUGCGUGCAUGUGUGUGUGUGUGUGUGUGUGUGUGUGUCUGUGUGUGUGAAAAAACAUCCAACAUUUGCUUUUUGCAAAGUUGAUUUUCUGGGUAGCUGUGCAAUAGCUCUAUAUGUUUUAUUUUGAUGUUAAACAUCACUGUAUUACGAGUAUGUUCGCUGCGUUCACUUCCUUCAAUGUAUUAUUUAUAUGCAGUGUGUGUUAGAGGAUUGUGUCACUUUGAAUCAGUUAGUCACAUAGGCUGUGUCUGAUAAGAAACCACAAGCUAUGCCUUCAUGAUAUCUAAGUCACUGGUCACAAUAUUGUCCACCUAUAACAAAGUUCUGAUUAUUGUUGCUUCGCUUGCCUUUAAAAUUUAGCUUAAGAGCUUCUUCACUUUGCUCUCAGAGGUAGAAAUGGCCUUGAACUAGCGCUUGUCUACCUGAGAUCUGCCAAAUUAGGUUUUGUCUGCGCUCGAGUCUUCAGAAAAAAAGCCCAAAGUUGCCAAGUAUUUCAAUAGAGAUGAAAAGUUUGAUAUGUCCUUUUUGAAAUUUAAGAAGUUAAAGGGAAAAGUAUUGAUGAAUUGUAUACUGUAAAAAGAAAAAGAGCCAAGAUUGUGAAACGUUGGAUCCACAAAGCACCUUGUAUGAGCGUAAACAAAGCCUUUUUGCUAUUUGUUAUUAAGAAGGGAAUCAAACGGCAGUUUGAAACAAUGUAUUGUAGGUCCUGAGUUGCGUAUGUAUAUAGUGCUAUUUGAUUGGUGCAGCUUUUAUGUGAUUGGACAGCAGCUUUUUCUGAGUUUGCAUAAUGAACUAGGAAGCCGAUGCAGGACUCAUAUGGAUCCUGUCUCUGAUGACAGUUAACAGUUUGCUGUGUUGGCAAAAGUAUUAUCAACGAAAGAUUUUGGGAGAGAAUAAAUAAACCACUUAAAAAGCU